AUGGCUGCCCUGGGGGACGAGGGGCUGGACGGUUACAUGUACCCGGCGUGCGCCCCCUGCUCAUAUCCGAUCCCCUACCUGCCCGCCGCUAAGGGCAAGGGCGCGGCGGGCGGGGCCGGCUGGCGGCACCGGGGCGGGAGCUACCCUCCCGCCUCCUCCUCGUCGUCGUCAUCCUCGGCCGGGGCGGCCCCGGCGGCUCUCCCGGGCUGCGGGCAGCUGGCGGCCGCCGACUACUUCGACAGCUACCAGCGGGCGCAGCUCAUGGCCCUUCUGUCGCAAGUGAGCCCGAGCCUGGCCCCGGCACUGCGCAGGGCUGGCGGCCGCGACGUGGCGGUGCAGGUGAACCCGCGCCGCGACGUCUCGGUGCAGUGCUCGCUGGGGCGGCGCACGCUGCCGCGCCGGGCCCGCGACCCCGGCUCCCCGGCCGGCCCCGGGCCCGGACCCCUCCCCGAGGGCGCGGGCGGCGGCUCAGCGUCCCCGCAGCCGGAGCGCCGGGGCCCCGGGCGGGGCAGCCCCCCGAGCAGCGCGCCGCGGCCCGUGCGCUUCCCGCGCACCGUCGCCGUGUAUUCGCCGGUGGCCUCCCGCCGCCUCACCACCCUCCUGGAAGGGGCCGGGGGCGCGGCGGGCGAGCGAGGGCCGCCCUCUCCGAGGCCCCGAGGCCCCGAGGCGGGAGAGACGUCGGUGAGGACGGCACCCCAGCAGCCGCAGCCGCAGGACGAGGAGGAGGAGGACGAGGCCCAGGGCGAGGGGUGUGGGCUGCCGCCGCGGGAGGCACAGGGAGGCGAGGCGGCCCCGGGGCGCGCGCCGAGCAGCCUGGAGCAGCCCCCACCGGGCGGUAUGGCCCAGGCCGCCGCGGGCGAGAGGCCGUCGCCGCGGAGCCCCGAGCCGGGCAAGGAGCGCCUGCGCUUCCAGUUCCUAGAGCAGAAGUAUGGCUAUUACCACUGCAAGGACUGCAACAUCCGGUGGGAAAGUGCCUACGUGUGGUGUGUACAGGGCACGAACAAGGUCUACUUCAAGCAGUUUUGCAGAACUUGUCAGAAGUCUUACAACCCUUACCGAGUGGAGGACAUCACCUGUCAAAGUUGUAAACAGACUAGAUGCUCCUGCCCAGUAAAGCUUCGCCACAUUGACCCCAAAAGGCCUCAUCGUCAGGACCUGUGUGGGAGAUGCAAAGGCAAACGCCUGUCCUGUGACAGCACUUUCAGCUUCAAGUAUAUCAUUUAGAUGAAAGUCAAAGAGGGGGAAAAAAGGUCCUGCUGGAUGUGUGCUAGUGGGACAGCUAAGUUAGCUUUUUCCAUGCUCCUCCUUUCUGCCUCUCCCUUCUCAAGAUAUGUC